AAAUGAACGUGAUCCUCGUGUCGGUCUCUCUCUCUCUAGAAUAUUUGCUUGGUCCAAACAAACAAAAGAGCUUGACCUUUUUGUUCAUCUCCAAACCAUUUCAACUCAAAGUAAAGGUUGAUUACAAAAAAUGCUCCGACUAGCGAUUUCUUUGUUCCUCUUUGCAUUGUUCUCUGUCACAUCUGCAAGAUCUUUCGUCACCACGAGACCUGGACCGAUUGAUUCAUUUCUCCCUAAACCCAAGCUAGAGGGUGCGAGUGUGUGUUCUUACACAGUGAUCAUUAAGACAAGCUGUUCGUCAGUGUCUUACACCAGAGAUAAGAUCAGUAUUGCCUUUGGUGAUGUGUACGGCAACGAGGUAUACGUGAAGAGACUAGACAAUCCAAAGGCGAGGGCAUUUGAAAAGUGUUCCUCAGACACAUACAAGAUAACGGGACCGUGUAUGCGUGACGUAUGUUAUCUCCACCUACUCAGGCUAGGAUCCGACGGCUGGAAACCAGAGAACGUCAAGGUCUACGGCUCAUCCAUCAGAUCAGUCACUUUCUACUAUAACCUCUUCUUGCCAAACGGUGUUUGGUACGGCUUCAACGUCUGCAAUGGCAUUGCCAAUGCCAACGACAAGUCUUCUCAACCCAUCACUGCCUCCGUUGCUGCUAUGUAAGAUUAAUAAAUACAAAAGGUUAUUUGCUAUUUUGUGGCGGAAACUGAAGAGAAGCAAACUUGUGUUUUGAGUGUAUUUGUGAGAAAAAAAAAAUAUAAUGCCUUUGAUUUGAUCUCUUGCAAGUUGGGGAUUAGCAAGUGGCCAAGUCCUUUUUAUAUGAAAUAAAUAAAAAUAGCAUGCAUUGGAAGAAAAA